AUUUUUAUUUUUUAAGUAACAAAACGUUCUGAAUUUCGCUUUCUCCCUCUUUUACCUCAAUUCAACAACUUUUUAGAAAGCUUUCUACAGCCCCAUUCCACUUUCCUUCAAUUCAAUAUUACGGCUUACUAUAGAUAGUCAACGCCUUCCUUUCCUUUGUUUAAAGAACCCCAUUACACUCCCUUCCUGCAAACACCAGCUCACUUGAAACAAUAAUGAACGAAAUACUAUUGUCCGAUUCAACUACUGAAUACGAUUAUUCUAACGGAUCAAUGGUAGUCAAUAUUGACACUGACCUUAUUCAACAGCAGACAAAAGUGGAUGUCAACUCUACAACCUCAUCCAAUUCAGUUCCUUCUUAUUCCGAAAACUCGCAACAAUUACAAUAUGCAUCUUAUCCAGCCUACACAUUUCAGUCGUUGCCUGUGGGAUUCACCUCCGCUUUGCCCGCUUAUACACAUGCACUUCCUCGGUUAGAUUACUUUGAUGACUCGCCUAAUAAUGCUAAUGUAGCGGUAGCUCCUACAACGUCUGUUACAUCAACUUAUAACAAGCAACCUACCAGCCCUGCAUCGAUUUCAUCUGCUUCGUCAUUGCCUUCUACACCUUCACCGCCUCCUCAUACAAUGAGUUCUUCAGCUUCUACAAUAAUGAAUACAGCACAUUUGAAUUUUACAGUAGCCACUAAUAAAACUAGUAAUAAUAACAAUUCACACAUUUUGACUCCACAAUCUCUUAACGCAAAUGAACUACUUAAUACAUCUUCUCUGGGAUCGAGUACUUCAUCUCGUGUUACUUCUGCAAAUAAUAUAAACCUUUCCACUUCUCCAUCGUCAACAUGCUAUACUACAAUGACAGGAAAUCCCAACAGACAACAGCAACAGUUCAAUACCGAUGUGGUUCUCUUGAAGGAAUCUUCUUCACCACUGAUUCAUGCAGCUACGAACAUUAGCUCUGCUAUUGCUACUACCAGGAGCGGCACUAUUACAACAGGCAACAACGACAUGGUAGUCGUAGCUGCCGCGGCUGUUGCCGCGGCGGCGGCACCUCAGUAUACCAAUUCCACAACGGCACGUGUAAAAGAAAUGAUCUCUCGAGCUAACUCUAUUCCAAUGGAGUUCUAUCAUACAGAAUUCUUGGAGUAUUCCAAGGAAACAUACGAGAAAAAGUUGGAAUCGAAACGAAACAAGCGUAAAAGAUAUACUACUACUACUACUACCAACACCACCACUUCCUUGCAACGGCAACCAGAGCAACAGCAACACAGUCACUGCUCAAACGGAAAUAACUCUGUUAUUAGUGACAAUGAUCAAAAUAGUGCCAGAAGAGGGGAAGAAGAUCUCCAACAAGUGACGAAAAGGAAAAAAAGUAACACUAAUAUUACUUCAGACAUUUCCAGCGAGAGCAUCUACUGUAAUCGAAGAAAAGAUACUGAUUUGGAUGAAGAGGAUUACUUUUUUUUCGUUGGAGAUAGCACUAGAAAUAGAGAUGAAGUGGCACAGCAUCAAAGUAAUGAUAGUAGCAGGACAACAGCAGACGGCAGCGUCUCUACAGCAGAAAUUCGUCGACAAAUUCAUAUUCAAUCAGAACAAAAAAGACGUGCACAGAUCAAGGAUGGCUUUGAUGAAUUACGAAAGCAUCUUCCUGGGUGCAGUAACAAGAAAAUGAGUAAAGCAGCUUUACUAACGAGAACUGUUCAACAACUGCAACAUUUGAAAGGGAUGCAGAACGAACUCUUAUCUGAAGUUGAGAGGCUUCUUCAGGAAAACGAAGCAUUGAAAAAAUUUCAGCAUAGCAUACUUCAACGUCAAGCAAUGGAAAAACCAUAUACCUUUUAAGUUGUCAUGUAUCCUCUGUUUAUAGUAUAUAGCUUAACUUAUUACUUCAACCUUUGCAUUCUAUAUGUCUCUGUAACCGCUCCUUCGUUCAUUUUGCUUUUACACUGAUGGCAUUCCAUCCGUUAUUAUUUACUCUAUGGCCCUUACUCAUUUAGGCGACGUAAGUCCCUCCUUGAACUUUCUUUUCUCUUUUUUCUCUUUUUCCGAAUGAUAAAAUGCAGUUUCAUACUUUGAAAACAUAAUUCUUGCUUGUUGUAGGACGGAAGCACGUAUAUUGAGUACUGUUUAUAGAAAUUUCUGUAAUGUACAUACACUUCUACAGCAGUUUCCUCAGUGCCAUUGAAAGUUUGCUUCUUUUGUGAUGGUUAUAGUAGAGCUUUUUUUUUACCGUAGAAAGUAAAAGGGGUCGGAGAUCUGCGUGGGGUUCUUCAUACAUAAUGCAUUUUAC